GCCGAACCACCAACUUUUAAAGCUGGCCAUCUCUCCCUGCUUCCUUGCAGCGCAGCUCGCGGGGUUUUGUAGGUCACUGGCUCGGCUCCAGCUCCGCCUUGGUCUCGUUCCGUUUCGUUCCAGGCAGGAAGUAGAGGAGCUCGCCUCGACACCACACACCCACCUACCCUGCUGCAACCGCGGGGGCGGAGCUCCGCAUUGUCUACGGGUCUCGCACCUAGCCUGCACCUGCAUCCCUUUGUUGGCGCGCGGCCAUGGGGAGUUCAUGCGUGAACCUCUCCCGUGCCGUCGUCCUCCACGGCCUCGCCGCCGGAGGCGCCCGCCGCCGUGGGCAUCGGUACGGCGGAGGCGGCGCGCUGCUGCUCCCGCCGUCGCUACUGUCGAAGCGUGCCGCCGUGGCGUGCUGCUCGUCGCCUGGUACAGCAGGCUCAAGGCCGUCGUCAUCGUCCUUCCCGGUGCGCGGGCUCGGCGGUGAUUCAUCAGAAGCCGGUUCCACCGCCACGUCGCCGGCAGGUCACGCCGGCGGGAUUGGGAUUGCCGAGUUCCUCGGCGCCAAGAACUUCCUCAUCACCGGCGGGACGGGUUUCCUGGCUAAAGUUCUUAUCGAGAAGAUUCUGAGGACGAAUCCUGACGUUGGCAAGAUAUACGUGCUGAUCAAAGCCAAAGACAGCGAAGCAGCAUUGAGGAGAUUGCAAAAUGAGGUAGUGGACACGGAGCUGUUCAAAUGCCUGCAGGAGAUCCACGGGAACGACUACAGCAGCUUCAUCGCGAGGAAGCUGGUUCCCGUCGUCGGCGACGUCAGGGAGGCCAACAUCGGCAUCGCUCCCGAGCUCGCCGAUGAGAUCGCCGACCAGGUGGACAUCAUCGUCAACUCGGCGGCGAACACCACGUUCGACGAGAGGUACGAUGUCGCCAUGGACAUCAACACCGUGGGCCCGUUCCGGAUCAUGAGCUUCGCGCAGCGGUUCCGACGGCUCAAGCUCUUCUUGCAAGUGUCGACAGCGUAUGUGAACGGGCAGAGGCAAGGCCUGGUGCUGGAGAAGCCGUUUCGCAUGGGAGACACCAUCGCCAAGGAGUUGGGAUCUUCAGAACACAGCAGCACCGUGCUGGACAUCGAGGCAGAGAUCAAGCUGGCCUUCGACUACUCCAGAAGACGCUCCGUUGAUUCUGCUUCGUUUACUCAAGAAAUGAAAGAUCUAGGCCUGGAGAGGGCAAACCUCCAUGGGUGGCAGGACACCUAUGUGUUCACCAAGGCCAUGGGAGAGAUGGUCAUCAACAGCAUGAGAGGGGAGGUGCCGGUAGUCACCAUCAGGCCCAGUGUCAUCGAGAGCACCUGGAGGGACCCCUUCCCCGGCUGGAUGGAAGGGAACAGGAUGAUGGACCCUGUCGUCCUCUACUACGGCAAAGGCCAGCUGAGUGGGUUCCUCGCCGACCCAGAGGGCGUUCUCGAUGUGGUCCCGGCGGACAUGGUGGUGAACGCGACGCUAGCGUCGAUGGCGAAGCACGGCGGCACGUCGUCGUCGUCGCCGCCGGCGGCGGCGGGGCCCGGCGGGAUGCACGUGUACCACGUGUCGUCGUCGACGGUGAACCCGCUGGUGUUCGGCGAGCUGAGCCGGUUCCUGUUCCAGCACUUCACGCGGUGCCCCUACAGCGACGCGGCGGGGCGGCCCAUCCCGGUGCCCCCCAUGCGGCUCUUCGACAGCAUGGACCAGUUCGCCGCCUACGUGGAGACGGACGCGCUGCUGCGGUCGGAGCAGCAGCGGCGGCGGCUCUCGCAGCGGGCGCGCGAGCUCUGCGCCAGGUCCGUGGAGCAGGCCGUCCACCUGGGCAGCAUCUACCAGCCCUACACCUUCUACGGCGGCCGCUUCGACAACGGCAACACGGAGGCGCUCCUCGCCGCCAUGUCGGUGGCGGAGAAGGCGCGCUUCCACUUCGACGUGCGGAGCGUCGACUGGGCGGACUACAUCACCAACGUCCACAUCCCGGGGCUACGGAAGCACGUCAUGAAGGGAAGGGGCGUCGCCGCCGCCAACCAGCUGCUCGCCAGCACCUCCGUCUGACGGACCUCACCACGGCCGGCCGGCCGGCGGGCGAAGGGAUGCGCGGCGGCGUGUACAGACCCUCUUCUUACGCCACCACGGCCGAUGGAUCACCGACGACCGAUCUUGCCGUUGGAUCCAUGGCCGAUUUCUUCUUCGUCUCCUGACAGGUUAAUUGGUGGUUCAUAGUAGCAGUAAUCUAAGGUUGACGUGGGUUCAUUGAUGAUGCUUGCAAUAUUCACGAUAGAUAUACCACUAUUCAUCUCUUCCAUGUUGAUCCUUGUAUUAUCGUGUAGUUGUUCAAAGAAAACUACAGAGGGUGUGGAAUUUGUCAGUCUAUCGAAAUUCAUGAAGGGAUGCACAAACUCUGAAAA